GUGUCCAUUCCUGCCAUUGGGAAGAACAUGAGCAGAUGAAGAGCUGUAUGAGGAGAAUGACGACCUGCUAGGACAAGUAGUUUGAUGACUCUGGAGCACAGUCUGGGAGUGAGAGAUGUGGACGAGUGUGCCCAAGGGUUGGAUGACUGCCAUGCUGAUGCCCUGUGUCAGAACACGCCGACUUCCUACAAGUGCUCCUGCAAACCUGGCUACCAAGGGGAGGGCAGGCAGUGCCAGGACAUUGAUGAAUGUGAAAAUGAACUCAAUGGAGGCUGUGUCCACGACUGCUUGAAUAUUCCCGGCAACUACCGCUGCACUUGCUUCGAUGGCUUCAUGUUGGCUCAUGACGGCCAUAAUUGUCUUGAUGUGGACGAGUGCCUGGAGAACAAUGGCGGCUGCCAGCACACCUGUGUCAAUGUCAUGGGCAGCUAUGAGUGCCGCUGCAAGGAGGGCUUCUUCCUGAGUGACAACCAGCACACGUGCAUUCACCGCUCAGAAGAGGGUCUGAGCUGCAUGAAUAAGGAUCACGGCUGUAGUCACAUCUGCAAGGAGGCCCCAAGGGGCAAUGUUGCCUGUGAGUGCAGGCCUGGUUUUGAACUGGCCAAGAACCAGAGAGACUGCAUCUUGACCUGUAACCAUGGAAACGGUGGAUGCCAGCACUCCUGUGAAGACACUGCUGAAGGCCCAGAGUGUAGCUGCCAUCCACAGUACAAGAUGCACACAGAUGGGAGGAGCUGCCUGGAGCGAGACGAUGCCGCCCUGGAGGUGACGGAGAGCAAUGCCACAUUAGUGGUGGAUGGCGAUAAACGGGUCAAACGGCGACUGCUCAUGGAAACGUGUGCCGUCAAUAAUGGGGGCUGCGAUCGCACCUGUAAGGAUACCUCGACAGGUGUUCACUGCAGCUGUCCUGUGGGAUUCACUCUCCAGUUGGAUGGGAAGACAUGCAAAGAUAUUGAUGAAUGCCAGACCCGAAAUGGAGGUUGUGAUCAUUUCUGCAAAAACACCAUAGGCAGUUUUGACUGCAGCUGUAAAAAAGGAUUUAAAUUAUUGACAGAUGAGAAGUCUUGCCAAGAUGUGGAUGAGUGCUCUUUGGAUGGGACCUGUGACCACAGCUGCGUCAACCACCCUGGCACAUUCGCUUGUGCUUGCAACAAAGGCUACACUCUCUAUGGCUUCACUCACUGUGGAGACACCAACGAGUGCAGCAUCAACAACGGAGGCUGUCAGCAAGUCUGCGUGAACACAGUGGGGGGCUACGAAUGCCACUGCCACCCUGGGUACAAGCUCCACUGGAACCAGAGAGACUGUGUGGAGGCGAAGGGGCUCUUGGCCCCUAGUGCGUCACCUCGCGUGUCCCUGCAUUGCAGUAAGAGCAGUGGAGGAGACAGGUGCUUCCUCAGAUGUUACUCUGGCAUUCACCUCUCCGCAGGACUGCAAGAGGCCUACUCUGUCACCUGCGGCACUUCCUCUCCUCUGAGGAGCAAACAGCACAAGUCAAAUGAUUCUGCUUUUGGGGAUGUCGCCAUCGUCAGGACAAGUGUAACCUUUAAACUAAAUGAAGGCAAGUGUAGUUUGAAAAAGGCUGAGCUGUUUCCUGAGGGUCUGCGACGAGCACUACCAGAGAAGCACAGCUCAGUAAAAGAGAGCUUCCGCUACGCAAACCUUACAUGCAGCUCCGGCAAGCAAGUCCCGGGAGCCUCUGGCCGACCAAGCUCCCCUAAGGAAAUGUUUAUCACUGUUGAGUUUGAGCUUGAAACUAACCAAAAGGAGGUGACAGCUUCUUGUGAUCUGAGCUGCAUCGUGAAGCGAACUGAGAAGCGGCUGCGGAAAGCCAUCCGCACACUCAGGAAGGCUGCCCACAGGGAGCAGUUUCACCUCCAGCUGUCAGGGAUGGACCUCGACGUGGCUAAAAAGUCUCCCAGAACAUCAGAACGCCAGGCAGAGUCCUGCGGAGUGGGCCAGGGCCAUGCAGAAAGCCAGUGUGUCAGUUGCAGGCCCGGGACAUAUUAUGAUGGAGCACAAGAGCGCUGCAUUUUAUGUCCAAAUGGAACCUUCCAAAACGAGGAGGGGCAAAUCGCUUGUGAACCGUGCCCAAGAUCAGAAACUCCUGGGGCCCUGAAGAUCACAGAAGCUUGGAAUCUUUCGGAGUGUGGAGGGCCAUCGGUCCCCUCAGGGCUGUGCCGGCCUGGUGAAUACUCUGCGGAUGGCUUUGCACCUUGCCAGCUCUGUGCCCUGGGCACGUUCCAGCCGGAAGCCGGCCGUACAUCCUGCUUCCCCUGUGGAGGAGGCCUCCCCACCAAACAUCUAGGAGCCACUUCCUUCCAGGACUGUGAAACCAGAGUUCAGUGUUCCCCUGGACAUUUCUACAACACUACCACUCACCGAUGUAUCCGCUGCCCCGCAGGAACCUACCAGCCUGAAUUUGGAAAAAAUAAUUGUGUUUCCUGCCCAGGAAAUACCACAACUGACUUUGAUGGCUCCACAAACAUAACCCAGUGCAAAAACAGAAGAUGUGGAGGGGAGCUAGGAGACUUCACAGGAUACAUCGAAUCCCCAAACUACCCAGGCAAUUACCCAGCCAACACUGAGUGUACCUGGACCAUCAACCCACCCCCCAAACGCCGCAUCUUGAUUGUGGUCCCUGAGAUCUUCCUGCCCAUAGAGGACGACUGCGGAGACUACCUGGUGAUGCGGAAAACCUCUUCGUCCAAUUCUGUGACAACAUAUGAAACCUGCCAGACCUACGAACGCCCCAUCGCCUUCACCUCCAGGUCAAAGAAGCUGUGGAUUCAGUUCAAGUCCAACGAAGGGAACAGUGCCAGAGGGUUCCAGGUCCCCUAUGUGACAUAUGACGAGGACUACCAGGAACUCAUUGAAGACAUAGUUCGAGAUGGCAGGCUCUAUGCAUCCGAGAACCACCAAGAAAUACUUAAGGAUAAGAAACUGAUCAAGGCUCUGUUUGAUGUCCUAGCCCACCCUCAGAAUUAUUUCAAGUACACAGCUCAAGAGUCCCGAGAGAUGUUUCCAAGAUCUUUCAUCCGAUUGCUACGUUCCAAAGUUUCCAGGUUUUUGAGGCCUUAUAAAUGACUGCCCACGUGCCACUUGGUCCAGGUGUCCUACUGUGGCUCAGUGGGACAGCACCUCUGUCUUCUGCAGCCAGCACAUGGUUGGAGAUUGCUGCCCCCAGUAUCAGUGGCUCCCUGGAGCUCAGUUUUUAUGGAUAAUACAGAUAUUUUGGUAAAUUGAACUUGGUUUUUCUUUCCCAGCAUUGAGGAUGUGGACUGAGAAUGGCCCUCAAUGGCACCUGCUUCUCGCUACCAUGGGCGGAUGUCGUAGUUACAACAAGGGCUGGCCGAGCUGGACUUUGUCAGCUCAGGUGAGACUCACCUGUCCUUCCUGGUCUAACUCCUCAACGAGUCUGUGUUGGGGGCCACAGAGGGGCAGUGUGUCAGAACAUGAGCUUCCUCCAGCCCUAAGGGAGCCCUCUGCACCUCUUGAAGGCUCGGCCCAGGCAGGGUGAGGGGAGAGCUCUCCCGGCACCAUUCACCCACCCCGAGACCUGGGAGGACUCCGUUCUCCACAGCCGUCUCCAGGCUCUGUGAUCUACGUUUGAUCCCAGGAGCUUGAGAUCUAAGCAGUGAUCAUUAAAGAAUACUUAAAGCAGAAAGAAUUAGAAGUUAAAUGAUAAAAACUAAGCACUUCUGGAGACCGUAUAAUGUUCACCUAUGACAGCCUUCCUAGUUGCUGGCUUCCCUCUGCAGAUGCACUGUGCUGGUUUUAGCACCUCUGGACAUGCUGCUUGGCACUGCCUUAGGGCUUGCAGAGUUCGGGCCUGAUGAGAUCUCCUGGGUAGGUAAGAGAUAUCUCUGUGAAAGGAGAUUUCCCCAAGCCUGAGUCAGUACUGCCAAGGGUCCUGCUGAUAGCGGUGGGUCCCCCUCCACAGUGGGUCUGCCGUCCAGGUGGGGUAUUAGAGCCCCAGUCUGUCCUGUGUGCCUGCCUUUGCCACUCUGCCAGCUCAGAGACUGACUCUGUGCCAGGACCUGAUCAGCUCCACUAAGGGUGGCCUCAUUCUCUAACCCUAACAACCCCUGCCAGAAACCAAGCCCUGGCCUCUCAGUGCCCUGUGGUCAUCUCACUUUGUGUCAGCUUCGUGGGGCUUCAUAAUUAUUUUCUCCCACAUGAACUUGAAUUUUCAAUAUUAUCGAACUUGCCAACAUUUAAAUCCCCAGGCAAAAAUCUCAUUACAGUGAAUAAACAAGAAUCCUUUCACACAAGCUGCCAUUUCCCUAUUGGAUGGAGUGUUUUGUUAUUUCAGUAACAAUUCUGUAUGCAAUCAGUUCUCUACACCAAAGUACUAAAAACUGUUUAACCACUAUUUCUGAAGAAAACAAAGACUAUUUCAUUAUUGUUGAACUUGCUUUUCACUUAAGUGUUGAUAUUUUAACCU